GCUAAGUGAAGCCGAGCAGAGAAGAAGUCUAAACCUUCUACAGAUUUGGGACUAGGAAAGGAGGAUCUCUGAAGAAACUCUGUAGUGCACAAAAGCUGCCACAGGGCUGGGUAAAAGGCCAAACAAGAGGAAUCCUUCCAUGCAAGGUCAUGAAACUGUGACCACAGGAAGAGCCAAGAAAGCAAGGGGGUGUAGGUUAACCAAGGCACCCAUGCAAACAUCAGGGUAUUUAUGGAGGGCAACAACUAUUCCUAAAUUCAACUGAAAUAUGAAGCCUGGAAAUCACCACCCUGAAGAAUACAGGAUUGCAUCACUGGUCUUUUACAGUUUUGUAUUCAUAGUGGGAUUGCUGGUGAAUGCCACUGCACUAUGGGUUUUCAGCUGCACUACCAAGAAGAGAACAACUAUAACUAUAUAUAUGAUGAAUGUGGCAUUACUUGACAUAAUUUUUACAUUUUCCUUGCCUUUUCGGAUAAUCUACCAUGGGAAAGAAAUGUGGCCUUUUGGAGAUACAUUCUGUCGGAUUAUCAGCGCUUUCACUAUAUUUUAUCCAGCCAUUGCUCUGUGGUUACUCACUUUUAUAAGUGUAGACAGAUUUAUGGCUAUUGUCCAGCCCAAACAUGUCAAAGAACUGAGAAACACAAAAAAAGCCAUGCUAGCUUGCACUGGAAUCUGGGUAAUGACCCUCGCAACGACGUCCCCAUUAGUGUUUUUACAGUCUGAUCCAGACAAACACUUUAAUUUCACCACUUGCAUAAAAUCGCUGGAUAUCAUCCAUUUAAAGGAAGUAAAUACAUUGAACUUUUCUCGCUUGAUUUUUUUCUUUUUGAUUCCCUUGUUUAUCAUGAUAGGGUGUUACCUAGUCAUUAUCUACAAUUUCAUUCAUGGCAAGACUUCCAAACUGAAGCCUAAGGCCAAAGAGAGAUCCAUAAGAAUUAUAGUAACUCUGAUUGCUCAAGUACUCAUCUGCUUUGUACCCUUCCACAUUUGCUUUGCCUUCCUGAUGUUGCAACAUGAAAGUACAACUUACAACCCCUGGGCAGCCUUCACCACCUUCCUCAUGAAUCUCAGUACGUGCUUGGAUGUUAUAUUGUACUAUAUUGUUUCUAAACAAUUUCAGGCGAGAGUCAUCAGUGUAAUCCUCUAUCGCAAUUACCUUCGCAGUGUGCGCAGGAAAAGUUUUCGAACUGGAAGUGUAAGAUCACUCAGUAAUAUGAACAGUGAAAUGAUAUAAAGAGAGAUAAAAAAAAACUCAGGGGACUUUUAUAAUGUGAACAAGUGAUUCUGUUUCUGAAUAGCAGCAUUUUGACUACACUGAAGAAUGUUCUAUUGCCAGAAGUAACAGAUAUAUUUGUUGCAACUUUUUAUAUUUGCUCAACUGCUUUUGUAAAUCUGAAAUUAGUUAAAACCUUGUAUAAGUGUUAAACUUUCCAAUGCUUUUGUCAUCUCAAAAGACUGUGAAUAUUGCCAGACAUAACUAUAAUAAAGCAGACAAUGCUGAAGAAUUAUGAUGCAACACAUACUUAUUUUUUAUAUUUGCACAACCAAAUGCUCCUGAAACUACUGUAUAUGCCACUUCUAAAAUUAGCUUCAUUCUCUCUAGACCAGUGUUAGCAUGACUCAAAGAGGAGCAGCCUGUUCCUGAAGGGCUGCACCCCAUGGAAGGGACCUACAGAGCUGACUACAACCCCCAUUCCCCACCCCCUUGUGCUGCUGGCAGGGAGGAGAGAGAGAAAUCGUGAGUGAAGUUGAGGCCAGGAAGAAGGAAGGGUUGGCUGAAGAUGUUUUUAAGAUUUGGUUUUAUUUCUAAUUACCCUACUCUGAUUUGAUUGAUAAUGAAUUAAACUGAUUUCACCAA